GAUGGGGGGCGUAUUUGUUUAGCUUGACCCCUUUUUUUUUUUUUUUACUGUUAUGCUUUUAGUAAUCAUCGAAAUGGAGCCAGUGAAACGCCAGCAGGUGCGACGGUUCUGAGUGACCUUUUGACGGCCUACAAGAAGACAAAGCCAUGGGGAAUACAAGCAGUGAGAGGGCUGCUCUGGGCCAUGGGGAGAAGGCCCAACGGAGAGACAGCCGGGGAAUCAAAGACGGGGAGAGGCCCAAAAUCCUCAUGGACAGCCCAGAGGAUGCAGAUAUCUUUCAUGGAGAAGACAUGAAGGCUCCUCUUGAGAAAGAGGAGUUCCUUGCAUGGCAGCAGGACAUUGAAGCAGAAGAUAAAGACCCAGCUGUAGACAGACCAACAGUUUUUCGCUGGACAGGGGAUGGAAAAGAGGUCUUCAUAUCGGGAUCUUUUAACAACUGGGCAAAUAAAAUCCCCCUCAUCAGAAGUCAGAAUACAUUUGUGGCAAUUGUGGAUCUACCUGAGGGAGAACAUCAGUACAAGUUCUAUGUAGAUGGCCAGUGGACCCAUGACCCAACAGAACCUAUUGUGACCAGCCAGCUUGGCACCGUUAACAACAUCAUCCAGGUGAAGAAAACAGACUUUGAGGUGUUCGAUGCUCUGAUGGUGGAUUCACAGAAAUCUUCUGAUGUUUCAGACCUGUCCAGCUCUCCCCCUGGUCCAUAUCAUCAGGACUCUUAUGUUCCUAAACAGGAUGAAAAAUUUAAGUCUCCGCCAAUACUCCCCCCUCACCUCCUCCAAGUCAUCCUCAACAAAGACACCGGAAUAUCUUGUGACCCUGCAUUACUUCCAGAGCCAAAUCAUGUUAUGCUCAAUCAUCUUUAUGCUCUUUCAAUUAAGGAUGGGGUGAUGGUCCUGAGUGCGACACAUCGCUAUAAGAAGAAGUAUGUCACUACUUUAUUGUAUAAACCCAUCUGAUGGACUCCUGUUCCCCUCAGCAGUGUGUGUGCUAACUGUACACCAAGUGUGCAAGAUAUUUCUUCCAAGCUUUUCUUUUUCUUCCAUGGAAUAUGAAAUUAGACAAAACUUGUCUUAUACCCAGUGCUGUUGUUACCUUUUUACUCUAAGUUGAGUUGAGAUGAAGGAAGGACUUAGAAAUAUUUGAUUUUUAUAAAAUGUAAACAUAAUCACUCCCACAAAUGUUAAUGCUUUUCAGUUAGAAAGAUAAGAUAGUAUGGAUAAUGAUAUUUUAUAUAAAUAUGCUUUGAGAGGUCAUAUUAUUUAUGACAUCAUCUUAUGCUUUAUCGAUUUCUGAGAUUAGCAACGCUAUAUUCUGUUAUAGCUGAACUUGUUACAGAGGUGCUUUAAAAUGUAUAUGAAAUCAGUUCAACAUAAAUUAUUAAAGCACAACCUCUUUUUUUUUCCUUUCAAAGAGUUUUGAAUCCUGAGGCUAGCAUUUAAUCAAAAGGAGAAAUCGAUGUGUCAGUGUUUUCAAUCUAUGGGAAAACAGACAGGUACAGAUUGGCAUAAUGAAGGAACAUCAAAGUCUUCACAAGCAGCAAAGUAGAUUACUUAGAACCUUAGACUGAGAGUUGUUCAAUCUUAGGCUAAAGCCUCUGAUCUGUUUUUUUUUGUAUCACUUCUAUACUCCACUGACUUAAGAAUUGUGAGCAAUCGGCCAUUUCUACUGACUUGGAUCCAGCCCCCUCAAAAGUAAGAAUCCAAUACCUUCGGAAAGAAGCCAUGCGUAGGUUGAAUGCUCAAAGCAACACAGUGAGCAAUACUGCGAAGGUUGCACAAAGUAAACCCACUAUUCUCCAAAGAGAUUAUUGCUUGUUUGUGCUGUUUGUUAAAAUUUGCAUUGACACAUAAAAUAUAAAACCGUAUAGUUUAAAGACAAUAUUCCCUCUGCUUGAGAAUAGAAAGGAAAGAAAAACCAAAACAGAUGAUUCAUCGACAAACUGAGAAAAAUGAAGAAACCUGUCUUUCCAUUUUGUUUAAUAUGGCUCAUCAAGCUUUAUAAAACAAUAAAUGCUGAAACACCUAAAAGGAAUCAACAAACACAUUUAGCUUUUAUCCAAGCACCUCUUUUUCUUACCAAAAAAUAUUAUUUUUAAAUAUGGUAAAUGAAAACUCAAUGUAAAAGGCUAAUUACAUUAUUAAAAAAACAAUGGCUCAUUUUCUAGCUUCAUUGGGUACAAACACUCUUGUAGUGUUUUGAACCUUAUAUAUCUAGUCAAAGCAUCUACCUAUGAUAAUAAAUGUACCACAUAUUGAGUUCCUCUUUCUCAAGCCUUUAUUUGUACUUUGAUUUAUGGGAGUAUGUUGCUUUCGAGGAUAGGAAUGCAAUAAGAAUUUGGUUGAACACUGAAUUGUUUUUUUUUUUAUCAAAACAAAUAACGAAAUUAAAUCAUGCUGAUAGAAAUAUCUAUAAAUUAGGUUACUGUUUUCUUUCCCAUGGUUGAGAAGACAAAAGUUACCAAUCAAGAAUAUUAACCCUUUUUGUUAUAGACUGAAAAUAUGCACUGAGGUACAGUGUGCUCUUCUGCUGUUUAUUUUGAUUGUGAAAUGUAACAUAAAGAAGAGAGUUAAUAUAUUUUAUAGAGUAUUUAGAGCUUAUCUUCUAUUUAAAUCCUAGUUGGUGUCAUUAAUUUUAUUGAUCCAGGAUAUUUAUAUUAUGUUGAUUGCCUUGAUUGGUAAAAACCAUUCCACUUGAUUUGAUGUUGGAUAUUUGCACUGAUAACAUGACAAUGUAUCACAUUUUAACUUCUGCAUGAUGAAGAGAUUAAAUGAGAUAAUAUAAAAA